CGUCGGCGUGGUCGCACCUCCCGCAUCGUCCUCAUCAAAGUCGCUGGGCGACCGCCAAAAUCAACGCAGCCGUCCCUCUUUCUCGCGACGGUCUCCACUUUAUCGACUUCAUACCGUUAGAAGACAAUCCUUCGUGCCCAGGCUUCGAUUGCUUCUCCCUCCUCGACCGCCCUCAUGACCAAAACGAUCCUUACCCACUCACCCUCCGUGAGACGACCCGCACGCGGCGCCCUAGGCGACUUCAUCCACCGAUGGCUGCCCUCCUCGACAUCAGCGCGCCUUUUUAUGGCCAUCACCCUUGCUGAAGCCCUCGUGAAUAUCUCCAUCGAGGCUGUACUCCUCUCACGGUAUCGUUCUACGCAGACCUUGACCAAGGACGGCACCGACAGCCUGCGCAGCUUGCCCGUCUUCGUGCUGUGCUUCUGCUUGGCACACUCCUAUCAGACACUGCUCAGCGUUGAUGCCUGCAUCAACAGGAACGUAAUUCUGGUGUUUGGACUGGUCAUUUUCAAUGCUUGUUUCCUCGUCUACUCGCUGAUUCAGAUCGGGGAGAUCCGACAAGUCUUGGGUACGGGCGUUCAGGAAGGGUCCGGCCAGACUGUGCCCGUGCAGGUCUUGACGGGGGCUAUCCCCAUUGUGAUUGGAGCCUCGCAGGUGGCAUUCACCAUCCUGGCGUGGUUCUUGUGGAAGGAAUUUGGCUGGCAGGUGUACAAGGCCAUCAUCGGCGCUGACCGCAUGCUCAAGAAGGCUUAUGGUCAAUACGCUCUCUUUGUGGCCCUCCUCAAGUUUGACUUUUUCGUCUUCAUUGCCUUCUGCCUUCAGCUCGUACUCGUUGUCCUUGCCUCGGACCCUGUCGAGAAGUGGCUCACGAUAAUCGCGGCACCCGUCGCUCUCCUUCUCCUCUUCUUCGCCUGGUGGUCAGUCCGCCGCGAGAAGCGCUGGGGUAUGAUGGUGUUCGUUGCCGGGCUCCUCGGGGCGGGCGUUUACUUCUCAUACAAGCUCUAUCGAAUCUGGAUGGGCAGGAGCGGCAUCUAUGCCGAGGUGUACAAGAGCCUUACCGUUUUCGCUGUCAUUGCCCUCGCUCUUGACUUGGCGACUAUCACCCUCUCCGUGAGGUGCGCGGCCAACUUUGGACGUGGACUGUGCAACGCCAUGGACAGAGCAAAGACGGAGAGGAAGGCUGCAUCGGCAGCGGGCGUGCCGUACUCGGCUUCCUUUGGUGGUAAGGAGCUCCUGCCGUUGAGCAGUAGUAGCACACUACACCUUCCGGCGCAGCCUCGCGUCAGCUUGGACUGAGGCAGCGCUGGACAUGCACCGCAGUCAGCAACGUACAUAGCCUCGACUCCUCCUGACUCCAGUCACGACUCUCUCCUCUACGCACCCGGAGUGCGCCCAGAUCAGUUCACUGCAUCGCCAUGGCAACGACGCAAGCUGGUUCUUGCGUUGUCUCGCCCGCCCACUCGCCUCGUCCUCUCUGUAGCACCCGCAACAUACCUCCUGCAGCGCCGCCAGUCGGCCUUCACGCGCCCCUUACUCCCUCAAACACACCUCUGUCACUCGCAAAGCAUCUCACCCGAUACAAACCACUGUCCUUCUUCUGUAUACUGUCACUUCACUUUGCUUUACUUAUCGGGAUACAUUGUCAUUACGCUCAUUGGGUCGU